AAGAAGGAGAAAACAAGAUGCUGGAGAGUUGGUAUCUGUGUGUGUAUAUAAAGAUAGGAAACGACCCAAUCUGCAUCAGUAUCAAGCCUAACUACAAAAUGAUGAAACUAUCAGUAUUAUUAGUGGCAGCUGUAUGGGUUCACAGUACCCAUUGUCGACGUUUAUCAGAUGACCUUGACAACGAUAUCUUAGGGAAUCCAGUAGGCGUGGGCCUGGGGAUGAUAAGCGGAAGACAGCGCGAUUGGAUUCGAAUUAGUCAGUCACCGCCGCAGAUUGUUAGUCGACCACUUGGUUCACGCAUCGAAUUGGAAUGCGAGGCGAUGGGCUCGCCUGCGCCCGUUAUGCAGUGGCUUAAGGGCAACACACCCUUAACUGAAAACGAAAGUUUCGAAACCAACGCCAUCAACGAUAACCCAUCGCACGGUAUCGCCAAGGCAAAAAGUCGCCUGGUAAUUAACUCGGCGCUCACGAUCCACGAAGGUACGUUCACGUGCCUCGCGGAGUCCGGCUCGCAGAUCGCGUCGACCAAGACGGAGCUCUACGUCGUACGCGGCGGCACCUCUCCACGGAAUUUUACGCAAUUACUGGCGAGCGAGAUGCUGGCGGCGCGAAGCCCCGCAAGGAUCGUCCUCUUCAACACCAUCUAUCUGGACAACAUAGGUAGCGACAUCGCGUUGCCCUGCAGGGCCGUCGGCAAUCCGACGCCGGACGUCCUCUGGCUGGACCCGUCCGAGAGGGUGGUCAGCAGCACGGCCGACGGUCGCCUCUCGAUCUUGAGCGACGGCGAGUUGCGGAUACGCAGCAUCCGAUGGGACGAUAUGGGCGUCUACACGUGCGUCGCCCGCAACACGCUCGCACAGGACAGCAUCUCCACCUUCCUAUACCCCAUGCUGGCCGAUAAAUAACAUCAGCUACGGACGAUUUCGGUAAUUCCAAUCUCUAGUCAUCAACCUUAAUUAUUUAUUAUUAAUUUAUUUUUCGAGCACUUCUGCGUUUCAGUAUUUGUAAUUAUCGUCUUCGGAAGUGUCUCUUGUGUACUUAUCAAAAAGUUGUAUGUUAGUUUAAAAUAAAUUAGAUUUUACACGAA